GGCACCUUCUCCAUGACAACAUGUCAGCGAGAGAACACAGCCCCCGCCAAGGUGGAAAAUCUCGUAGCGUGCAGCGGGCCUCAACAAUUGAUGUCACCUCUGACAUGCUUGGUUUGUCUUUAGCAGGAAAUAUCCAAGAUCCAGAUGAGCCAAUCUUAGAAUUUAGUUUAGCUUGCAGUGAGCUGCUUACUCCAUCGCUAGAUAGAAAGCCAAAUAGUUUUGUAGCAGUGAGUGUAACCACACCUCCUCAGGCAUUCUGGACAAAACAUGCUCAGACAGAAAUUAUUGAAGGAACAAGCAAUCCUAUCUUUCUAAGCAGUAUUGCCUUUUUUCAAGACUCUCUUAUUAACCAGAUGACACAAAUAAAACUUUCUGUAUAUGAUGUUAAAGAUAGAUCUCAGGGAACUAUGUAUUUAUUGGGUUCGGUGAUGUUCACUGUAAAGGAGCUACUUCAGGAGAGGAACCAUCGGUUACACUUAAUGCUAAGAUCUGCUGAAAGUGACCGUGUAGGCAACAUUACAGUGAUAGGAUGGCAGAUGGAAGAAAAAACAGACCAAAGGCCUCCAGUGACCAGGUCUCCCGACACUAUCAAUGGAAGGACUGUACUUCCUGUUGAUGAAAGUUUAACAGAGUCUUUAGGAAUAAGAUCCAAAUAUGCUUCAUUACGGAAAGAUGCAUUGUUGAAAUCUGUGUUUGGAGGGGCCAUUUGUCGGAUGUAUCGUUUCCCUACCACGGAUGGAAACCAUCUGAGAAUCUUGGAGCAAAUGGCAGAGAGUGUGUUAUCCCUACAUAUUCCCAGGCAGUUUGUGAAGCUGCUGCUUGAAGAAGAUGCUGCAAGUGUUUGUGAACUUGAAGAGUUGGGAGAGCUGUCUCCUUGUUGGGAAAGUCUUCGUCGGCAAAUAGUUACACAGUACCAAACAAUUAUCCUAACUUACCAAGAAAAUCUCACAAAUCUACAUCAGUACAAAGGUCCAUCAUUUAAAGCAAGCAGUUUGAAAGCUGACAAAAAGCUAGAAUUUGUGCCCACUAAUUUACAUAUACAACGAAUGAGAGUCCAGGAUGAAGCAGGAUCAGAUCAGAAUUAUGACAUUGUAACUAUAGGAGCUUCGGCAGCUCACUGUCAAGGUUUUAAAUCUGGAGGUCUGCGGAAAAAGAUACAUAAAUUUGAAGAUGCAAAGAGACACAGUUAUGAGGAAUGUUGCACAUCAUCCAGCUCCCAAUCAAUCGUGUACAUACCGCAGGAUAUUAUUCGAGCGAAAGAGAUUAUCGCACAGAUCAACACCUUGAAAACUCAAGUUAGUUACUAUGCAGAAAGACUCUCCAGAGCUGCCAAGGACAGAUCAGCCAAUGGGCUUGAAAGAACGCUUGCCAUUCUGGCGGAUAAGACGCGACAGCUUGUCACAGUUUGUGACUGCAAACUCUUGGCGAAUUCAAUCCAUGCACUGAAUGCUGCUAGACCAGAUUAUAUAGCUUCAAAGCCCUCUCCAACCUCUGCAGAGGAAGAACAAGUGGUGCUAAGGAAUGACCAAGACACUCUGGUGGCCAGAUGGACAGGAAGAAAUAGCCGAUCUUCUCUGCAGGUGGACUGGCAUGAGGAAGAGUGGGAAAAGGUUUGGGUGAAUGUUGACAAAAGUCUUGAGUGCAUUAUCCAGAGAGUGGACAAACUUCUCCAGAAAGAGCGUUUGCAUAGUGAUAGCAGCGAAGAUGUUUUCCAGUGUGAUGUCAGCUGUUCUAGCAAGAAAGGUAAACAGGAUACUCGAGCGUACUGGAUAAAGCCAAAAGCCUUAAAUGAGACCUCAUCUUCAUCAUCCCCACCAUCAUCUUCAUCCAUGUCAUCCUCUGCAUGCCAUUGUCCCAGAGUCACAAAUUGCAAUCCCACUCCUGAAGAGUCAAGCCCAGGUGAAUGGAGUGAAGCUCUUUACCCUCUGCUGACGACGCUCACAGACUGUGUGGCCAUGAUGAGCGACAAGGCAAAGAAAGCAAUGGUCUUUCUCCUGAUGCAGGACAGUGCGCCUACGAUCGCCCUUUGCUUGAGCCUUCAGUAUCGUCGGGAUGUUGUUUUUUGCCAAACGCUGACAGCCCUUAUUUGUGGCUUCAUUAUCAAGCUGAGGAACUGCCUCCAUGAUGACGGAUUCCUGAGGCAGCUCUACACCAUCGGCCUGCUGGCACAGUUUGAAAGCCUUUUGAGCACUUACGGCGAAGAACUGGCAAUGCUAGAAGACAUGAGUGUGGGGAUAAUGGACUUAAGGAAUGUAACGUUUAAAGUAACUCAGGCCACAUCAAAUGCAUCUGCUGACAUGCUGCCAGUCAUCACAGGAAAUCGUGAUGGUUUUAAUGUGAGAAUUCCAUUGCCGGGCACCUUAUUUGAUGCGCUGCCCCGUGAGAUUCAGAGUGGCAUGCUACUGAGAGUUCAGCCCGUACUCUUCAAUGUGGGGAUCAAUGAACAACAAACCUUAGCAGAGAAGUUUGGAGACACCUCAUUACAAGAAAUGAUUAACAUGGAAAGUUUAGUGCGGUUGAAUUCCUAUUUUGAGCAGUUCAAAGAAGUUUUGCCUGAAGAUUGUCUACCUCGAUCUCGUAGUCAAACGUGCCUGCCUGAACUGCUGCGGUUUCUGGGACAGAAUGUACAUGCAAGGAAAAAUAAGAAUGUUGAUAUUCUUUGGCAAGCUGCUGAGAUUUGCCGCAGACUUAAUGGUGUUCGGUUUACAAGCUGUAAAAGUGCCAAGGAUAGGACUGCCAUGUCGGUGACUCUGGAGCAGUGUUUAAUAUUACAGCACGAGCAUGGAAUGGCCCCUCAGGUCUUCACACAGGCCCUGGAAUGCAUGCGGAGUGAGGGUUGUCGAAGAGAAAAUACAAUGAAGAAUGUUGGAUGUCGCAAGUAUGCAUUUAAUUCCCUGCAACUGAAGGCUUUCCCCAAGCAUUACAGGCCUCCUGAAGGAACUUACGGAAAAGUUGAAUCAUAAGAUUACGGUGUCUUGUAAUCAGUCGUUCCGUUAAAACGUGUGAAUACACUCAACUUUAGUAUACGAACUUUGACAAUAAAGUCAAACAAUUUUUGUACGUUUCACUAGGUAACACUGAGCAUGUAAUUUUAUUAAAUUGGAUUCCAUAGGAAUAAUUAUUCUCUGACCCCUUAUAAGAUGACAAUAUUGUGAUGACUAUCUGCUCAUGUAACUAUCCAUCAGUUUAUGUAAGAUGCCUGAAUAUACUGCAUCACUAAUUUCUUACCUAUAUGCCUAAAGAAGGGAGGUAAUGCCUAGACUGUCAAGGAUUUUAUGAAUGAUAUUUAGGCAGCUGUUUCACACAUCUUUUUAUACUGGUUUGAUUUGAGAUUAAGACUUUCAUAAUACUUUUUAGAACCUCAGAGUUGUAAAUAGUAAACUAAA